CUCUUAACUCAAAAUAGGUGAUAAAAAUAGUUGUGAACUUUACUUGACUCGCCGUCGCCGCCCUCCCAACCGACUCAGUCGACUCGUUCUGUGUAAUAUUUGCCUAACGCAACGCUCUCUCUCUCUCUCUCUCUCUCUCUCUCUCUCUACCAUUGAAGAACUCACCAAGCUCCACUGAUCCUAGAAAAAAAAAGCCUCAAUUCUUAAAAUUUCAUCAAAAAGAAAUGAUCUUUAACAAAGUUGAAAAACUCUGCACCAAGCCAAACUUAUGGAAAAGUUUCAAUUUUUCCACAAAACCCAAGAGGGAAAUCCCAGACCCAACUGAAAGAAUCUGCAAAGCCAUGAUGUCAAACCCAGUUGCAUCAAUCCAAACAGCACUAGACCAAACUGGAGUUAAGGUUUCAACAGAGAUGGUAGAACAAGUCCUUGUCAGAUUCCAGAAUGCUGGAAUGCUCACCUACAGAUUCUUUGAGUGGGCUGCCAAGCAGAGAAGCUAUGCCUCCCACAGUGUCAGAGCUUACCAUUCAAUGAUUGGGUCACUUGCUAAAAUACGCCAGUAUCAGUUAAUGUGGGAAUUGGUGAGUAGUAUGAGAUCAAAGGAAUUGAUAAAUGUUGAAACUUUUUGUAUUAUUAUGAGAAAAUAUACAAGAGCUCAGAAAAUUGAUGAAGCUCUUUAUACUUUUAAUGUUAUGGAAAAGUAUGGUGUUGAACCAAAUUUGAUUGCUUUUAAUGGGCUUCUUAGUGCUUUGUGUAAAUCUAAGAAUGUUAGGAAAGCUCAAGAGGUUUUUGAUUCUAUGAAGGGUAGGUUUGAGCCAGAUUCUAAAAGUUAUAGUAUUUUGAUUGAUGGGUGGGGGAAAGAACCUAAUUUGCCUAAAGCUAGAGAAAUUUUUAGAGAUAUGAUUGAAUUUGGUAUUAGUGUUGAUAUUGUUACUUAUGGUAUUAUGGUUGAUGUUCUUUGUAAAGCUGGGAGAGUUGAUGAAGCCAUUGGGAUUGUUAGGACAAUGGAUUGUAAUGGUUGUAAACCAACUUCUUUUAUUUAUAGUGUUUUGGUUCAUACUUAUGGGGUUGAGAAUAGGAUUGAAGAUGCUGUUGGUGCUUUUAUGGAGAUGGAAAGUAAGGGUGUUGAAGCUGAUGUUGUUGUUUAUAAUGCUUUGAUUGGUGCUUUUAUUAAGGUUGAUCGGUUUAAGAAUGCUUAUAGGGUGUUGAAUGAUAUGGAUUCGAAAGGGGUUAUGCCUAAUUCGAGGACUUGUAAUGUGAUGUUAAAUGGUUUAAUCGGUAGAGGGAAGACUGAAGAGGCGUUUAAGGUGUUUAGGAGGAUGAUUAAGGUGUGUGAGGCGGAUUCAGACACGUAUACGAUGAUGAUUAAGAUGUUUUGUGAGAAGGAUGAGAUUGAGAUGGCUUUGAAAGUGUGGAAAUAUAUGAAGUUGAAGAGGUUUGUUCCGAGUAUGCAUACUUUUUCGGUUUUGAUAAAUGGGUUGUGUGAGAAGGGUGAUGCUACUCAAGCUUGUGUUUUAAUGGAGGAGAUGAUAGAGAAGGGAAUUAGACCUUCUGGUGUGACUUUAGGGAGGUUGAGACAGUUGUUGAUUAAGGAAGGAAGAGAUGAUGUUCUUAAAUUUCUUCAGCAAAAGAUGAAUCUUAUGGUUAAAGAGCCUCUCUGUGAUUGACAGAGAAUUCUUCACCUUGGCUCUCUCAGAAUGGGGAGUUUGCUUUCGGUUUUCGCCAGCUUAGAAACCAAGAUGAUAUCUUCUUCUUGCUAUGCAUAUGGUAUGCCAAGAUACCUGACAAAACCAUAAUUUGGUGUGCUAAUGGAGAUAAGCCGGCUGCAGCAAGAUCAAACGUGGUGUUAACUCCCGAAACAGGACUUGCUCUUACAACUCCUCAAGGCGAAGAGCUAUGGAAAUCUGAGUCAGUUGAUGAAAGUGUUGCUAAUGGUGUUAUGAGUAAUGAAGGGAACUUUAUCCUUGAAGGUAGCAAUUCGAAAAAGUUAUGGGAAAGCUUUGAAAAUCCAACAGAUACCAUUUUGCCAAGUCAAGUAAUGGACAUAGGACAGGUAUUGUCAUCUCAUCAAUCAGAGACUAACUAUUCCAAAGGAAGGUUCCAAUUUCGGUUAAGGGAAGAUGGGAAUGUUGUGCUCAACACAAUAAACUUGCCUUCUGACUAUCCUAAUGAGCCUUACUAUGCAACUAACCUCACUGAUGAACAGUCUAAUUCGGUGACUAUAACCACAACCACUCAGAUAAUCUUCAACGAAACGGGCUACUUGUAUAUUUCGAGAGGAAAUGGCGAAAGGUUCAAUUUAACACAAGGAAGAGUAGUGUCAACAAGGGAUUACUAUGUUCGAGCUUCAAUUAGUUUCGAUGGAGUUUUCACUCACUAUUUUUAUCCCAAGAACUUUAGUAGCAAUGUGAGUUGGACACCUCUUUGGUCUAUACCAAAUAACAUUUGUUUCUCAACCUUUGUUUCAGCAGGUAUUGGAGUUUGUGGGUACAAUGCCAUUUGCAGCCUCAAGAAAAAUAAGAGACCGAAGUGUGAAUGCUUAGAAGGGUACUCUCUACUCAACCAAAAUGACAGUUAUGGAAGUUGUAAACCAGAUUUCAUUCAAGGCUGCAAAGAAGAUGAGAUAACUAGUUAUGGGAAAGAUGCAUAUGAUGUUGUUGAGCUCAAGAAUGUUGAUUGGCCCGGAUCAGAUUUCAUUAGAAUAACACCUUCCACCAAAGAAAUGUGCAAAGAAUCUUGCUUGGAUGAUUGUUUAUGUGCUGUUGCUAUUCUUAGAAAUGGAACCUGUUGGAAGAAGAGGUUUCCUUUAUCAAAUGGGAGAGUGAAUAACAGCAAUCCAACUAUAGCUUUGAUCAAAACUCGAAAGGGUAACUCUACCACUACUACUUUAUCUAAGAAUCCUUUUACAGAAGUGAUCAAGAAAAACCAGAAUGGUUUGGUGAGAGUUACAUUGGGUGUAUUAAGUGCUUCGGUAUGUGUUAACUUUAUGUUACUUGCUGCAAUGUCUAUGGGGUUUUUCAUCAUUUACAAGAAGAGGAAUAAAAGGUCUUUUGCUCCACAAGAAGUUCCCGAGUCAAAUUUGCGUUGCUUUACCUACAAGGAACUCGAAAAAGCCACCGACGGUUUUAAAGAUGAACUCGGACGUGGAGCUUUUGGCAUUGUUUUUAAAGGCUUUCUCGUACAAACUAAUGCUAGCAGUGCCGUGGCUGUGAAGAAACUAAGUCCAACGCUAAUAGAUGGCGAAAGAGAAUUCAAGGCGGAACUGAAAGCCAUUGGCCAGACACAUCACAAGAAUCUUGUUCGGUUACUUGGAUAUUGUGAUGAUGGAGAAAAUCGUUUGUUGGUGUACGAGUUCUUGAGCAAUGGCACUCUAGCAAACUUUCUUUUCGGUGACACAAAGCCUAGUUGGACUCAAAGAUGUGAACUUGCUUUAGGAAUUGCAAAUGGGCUUUUAUAUUUACACGAGGAGUGCAACACUCAGAUCAUACAUUGUGAUAUAAAGCCUCAAAACAUACUUCUCGACGAGUACAACAUUCCCAAGAUAUCAGAUUUCGGUUUGGCCAAACUUCUGAUGAUGAAUCAGAGCCAUACACAUACAGCCAUUAGAGGGACAAAAGGGUAUGUUGCACCGGAGUGGUUUAGGAACAUAGCCAUUACUUCGAAAGUCGAUGUGUAUAGCUUUGGAGUGGUGUUACUUGAGAUUGUUUGUUGUAGAAGAAAUGUGGAUAUGGAAGUUGGUGAGGAAAGGAAAGCGAUAUUGACAGAUUGGGCUUAUGAUUGCUUCAGAGAAGGGUCAUUGGAUGUUCUUGUGGAUUAUGAAGAUGAUGUUUUGGGUGAUAAGAAGAGGUUAGAGAUAUAUGUGAUGAUUUCCAUGUGGUGUGUUCAAGAAAAUCCAUCUCUUAGACCAAAUAUGAGGAGAGUUGUUCAGAUGCUUGAAGGUGUUGUUGAAGUGAGUGCUCCACCAUGCCCCUCACCAUUUUAAAGAUAGGCCAAAAAUUUACUUAACAAAAUUAAAUUAGUGUCAAUUUUACACUUGUCUUAUGUUUGUCCAUAUAGUUGAAACUACUUUCAACAUGUUAUCAUUGGUAUUUGUAAUGUUAUAUGUAUAAACAUGUUUUGAUUCAAAAUAUGAAAAGGAGCAUAAGUGAGGUCUUUCUUUUU